AAGGAAAAAUAAAUCCCCCGUUCUCGUUCUCUAUCUAUAGAAAAGAAAAACCACGCUUCGGCUUUGCCUCCCUGCUAAAAUCGCACCACCCAAACCCUUUUUCAUUACUUAAACAGAAAAAAUAAAAAAAUAAAAAAAUCUCUCUCGCUCCCUUCAAUUUUUACCCGCCCAAAAGGUGCCUGUGCUUGAAACGGCGUCGUGGUCAAUGUACUGACUUCCUUGCUGUUUGAACAAAUGGAUCCAUCGGCGGUAGAUGAUUAUAAUAAAUGUCUUCCGCAAUCGGACGGUGAAACUGAUUUGUUUAGCGAGAAGAGACAAAUGGAGAACGUAGAGAGCGAAGAAUUGGCGGCUAAAAGAGCUAAAAAAGGCGUUGGUGAGAUACGGAAAGUGGCGGAGAUAGUUCUGGUGCUAUCUGCAAUGGCGGGGAUGAGAGGAGGGAAGAAUCCGACGGAGGCGGAGGUGAGAUUGAUGGAGGAAGCGAGGGAAAAAUUGGUAGAGAUUUGUCAGGAUUUGUCGCCUAAGGAUUUAGUGGCUAGAGACUCAAUUGGGACUGUUAUUGAGGACUUAGGGCUUAAUUUUAAGCUUAAAGAUCAACGGUUAGGGUUUCGAGGAUCUAGGCUGUCCAUUAAGGAGAAGCUCUCCCUUUCAAAGAGGAAGAUGGAAGAGUCCAAGAAAUUUGCUGCUCCUUCAGCUACAUAUACAACUCAAAUAACACAACCGAGCUUUGGUGCAAUGCCUGAAAGCCAUGGGCCAUCACAUGCUUUUCGCGUGCUUUCUUCAGAUAAACCAAGUAAUAUAUCAGUAUCUUCUGGAGUCUUUCCAGCUUCUUUGCCUGGUCAUGUUUCAGCAGCAACCCCAGCAUCCUCAACACUUCAACCACUCACCACUGAAGUUAAAAUAUCUACUGUUUCCAGUGGGUUACCUAGCAGUCAAUUAGGAAGGGAUUUGUCUUCUGUAGCAUUUUCUAAAGUUGAAAAAACACAGUUUAAAGUGGAAGGGGGAUCAAAUGGGGCAUCUUAUGCUCCUCAAGUACUUGCAAAUGCUUCUGCAAAUCAUUCACUGGUUAAUGCUCCAAGUUGGUCUAUGCAACCCCAUUCUGCAUCCUCAGGUAAAUCUGCACCAGAAAACAAUAUGCCAAAUCAUAAUUCUGCCAAGGUUGAGGGAGCUGCUGACUUGGGUCGGACUCGUGCAACUCAAGCAGCAAGAGAUCAAACAUUCAGACCAUUCACAUCUCAAACUCCACCUGCAAAUUUGCCAAGCAUACACCCGCCUAUGCAAGGCAUGGAGUAUGUUCAACCUCCAUCGUUUAUCAACAAUCACAAUGAAAUUGCUAAAAUUGUUCAGAAGUUAUUACAGCCGAAGCUUCCUGAAUAUCCCACAUGGAUUCCGCCUUCAAGAGAAUAUAUGACUACAGCAAUGACUUGCCAAAUAUGCAAACUUACUGUCAAUGAGGUGGAAACUGUUGUUCUUUGUGAUGCUUGUGAGAGUGGAUUUCACAUAAAAUGUCGAGAAGCAAUUAAUCAGAAAGGAAUUCCUAGAGGUGAAUGGCACUGCAGGAAUUGCUUGGCAUUAAGCAAUGGGAAGCCUUUGCCCCCUAAAUAUGGCCGUGUCAUGAGGAGUGCAACACCACCAAAAGGGCCUUCUAAUCCAGCUGGAAGUCAUUCAUCAUCAGAGAAGAAAGCUGAAAAUGUAGAUCUAAAGGUCAAUCAACAAAAGACUACAAAUGGUGUUCAAAAUCAUGCUGGAUCUGGUUCUGUCAACAAUGUUGAAUCAGCAUCUGAGAUCUACACAACAAGUGGAAAGGAUGCAGAUCAGAGUGCAUGUAGUUUCCCCAACACCACUGAAAGAUCUACACAAAAAUAUCAAGUUUCUGAAUCACCUGCACAGGAAAAGAGUUCACUUUCUGAAUCAUCUGAAAAAAUCAGCAACAAUUUUGAAGAUUCCAAACCCUUGCAAAUCUCACAAGACAUUAUCCUAACAGAACAAUCAGAUUUUCCCAAAGCUCCUUUGACACCUCAUCAGGAUCAUUCAAUCAUGGAAGAGUCAGCAAGUGUAAGAGGAAAUACUGAUUGUUCUUCAAGAUUUGAGGUCAAGAAAAGUGAGCAAGAUGUUUUGCAUGCAAAUCCUGUAGGAAGUUCUGUACCUAAUAAUUGGGUUGGAAAACAUCCUGGCUUGUCUUCCAGUGGCAUUCAUAGUGUGGAAUGGAUUGGUAAUGAAAUUAAAGUUGCAGAUGGAAAAAAUUUUUACAAGUCCUGUUGCAUUGAUGGAGUGUCGUAUAAAGUGCAGGAUCAUGCCCUUUUUCAUUCCAGCAAUGGCAAAUUAACACCCUCUAAACUUCAGGCCAUGUGGGAGGAAAUUGAAACCGGAUCAAAGUGGGUUCUUGUUAGUCAGUGCUACUUUCCUGGUGACUUGCCUGCGGCUGUAGGCCACCCAUGUGCCCCUGAAAGUAAUGAGGUCUAUGAAUCAAAUCAUGAAAGCAGUGUGAUGGCUAGCUUGAUUGAAGGCCCAUGCGAAGUUCUUCCUCCUAACAAGUUUAAGGAAAUGAGUGAAAGACAGAACCAGUUAGCAACCAAGGCAAAUAAUGGAUCAGCACCUGUUUUCAUAUGCAAGUGGUUUUAUGAUGAGUUGAAAGGGAAUUUUCAACCUGUUUUCCAUUGAUCAGUCAAUACACACAUAUAUUGAGACUCUUAGAUGGUACCGGUGCUUCCUUUGAUCAGGCAAUCUACAUCAAAGGGACCCUGCAGGUUGAUGAGUGAGUUUAGUACUCAAUGUACAAUUUGUAGCUCUAGUUCUUUGUAUCAUUAUUUCCAUACUAGUUCAUCAAAAUUUUUAGUCAACCUUUCAUGCUUAUCAGGUAAAUUAUAGAAUGAACAUUCUGCCCUAUUCUCUCUAGAAUUAUAUCAGAUUUCUACUUCAAAUGUUCUGAAAAUGCUAUGAAUGGCACUCCAUAUGGUAAA